GUAUAGCAGGAAGGACAAGGGCGCGUGUACGCAAGUACUCGCAAUGGAUCUCAGUACAGCCGUAAGCGCGAUGUCGGCCGGGACGACGAGUGGCACCGGGGGAGCAGUCGCCUGCCCCGUGUGCACAUUGUACCUGCGCGAGGGCAUCAGCUUACAAAAGCACUUGGACACGCAUCCCAAGGAGCAGGUGAUCGAGGCGCUCAUAAGAGCCAGCAGCGGUGGCGGCGCCUCGGCCAUCCUAAGCCAGGCGUGCGUGCCGCAGUCUCAACAACCAACACCAACACCAACACCAACACCAACACCAACACCAACAGCACAGCAACAGCAACAGCAACAGCAGUCGACUGCGGGCCCGGGUACACAUGUUCCUCAUGCCCAAUCGCCCUACCCGAUCGGACCCAUAUUCGAGUGCCCACCGAUCAACGCCAUGAUACCUCCACCCCAAUUUGCUUCGUUUAGCUACCAGCAAUUUAUUAAUAAUGGUACGAUGAUGAUACCAGCUCAAUACGCAAUGGCCCAAGCGCAGUCUCCCCAGACGAGCCAGAUGAUGCAGAUGCUGUACAGCCCUUACGGUAUGUACCAUCAGCAACAGAUUCCCACAGUUCAGAUGAUCUCCGCACCACCGAUGAUGCCCACCUCCUCGGCGACUCUACCGACGACAGUGCCUGCGAUUACGACGCGAAUGAGGUCCGCGACGAGCACGAGCAACAACGUCCCGCUGACGGCGAUCAACGAGAAGGUGACGACGCCAACGUCGCCACCCGCGCCACUUCCACCUCCUCCGCCCCUGAGGCCAACCUGCUCGCAGCAGCAGCAGCAGCAACAACAACAACAACAACAACAACAACAGCAGCAGCAACAGCAGCAACAACAACAACUCGUCGUUGAUUCACCAAAGCAGGCCAUAAUCCAAGAAGUCAUACCGACCUCGGAUCGUAUACUACCGGAUUUAGAAAUGCCAUUAAUGCCCGAAACGUCUCAUCCUGACGAAGAGGAGGAACAGAGCGCCGCGCACGCAGAACAUCGAGAGCAACGGAUUCCGGAUAAUUGUAUGCAAGGAGAACAGCAGCAAGUUAUUGAACAAUAUCAGAGUGAAAAUCCAUCAACGCUGAUGAAUAAUCCUUGCGAUAAUAGUACUGAUGAGGACAAGACUGAAAGGAUUUUGCCAGAAAUUGAAGACGAUAUAGAAAUUGAAUCUCUAAUAGUGCGCGAACCAGGGAAAGUAGAAAAUUACAAUGAAAUUAAAGUACAAGAAUCGGAAACCGUUGAAAAAAUCGAAAAUUCAAUGGGCGAGGAAAAUUCGAAAAAAGAUGCAGAAAAGACGGACGUAAACGAUGAGGAGAGUUGCAAAAAGUUUGAGCAGAAAUCUGAAACGCGUUCGCAGGUUGUUAUCGAAAGUACAGAGCCUCAUGAUUUAUCAGCCAACGAAACUCGAGUCUCGAAUGUUCACGAGCCGGAGGUGGAGCAGCUGAGUCGAUUACUGAUAAACAUGGAGUCUGAAUUUAGCGGCGAAAAAGCAGCGAAAAAAGGCAAUGAGAAGAGUAGCGAAAGAUUUCGGGAAAAUAUCGACGUCGCUUUACCCAAUGAAGCUCAAGAAAAGCAUCGCGCCGAGGACGAGAACACGAGUGUAUCAUAUCAUAAAAGCAGCACCGAAUCGAUUGAGUGCAAAAUCAUAGUGGCUCACGAGGACACGGACGUGUCAUCAAUCUCCUCGGAGGAUUCGAUGCAAUGCGAUUUAGAGAUUCAAAAAAUCAUCACUUCAUCCUAUCAGUACAAGUAUUCCCAAUCAACUCCCUGUUUUCCAAUUGUUAAAAAGAAGUUACAUCGGUCUCUGUCACGAGCAUCUCUGCGAUCCGACUUUUACCGCUCGAACGAGAAUGUUUGUACGGUUGACUUCGAAGCCACCAAAUUACAAGACUAUCUCAAAGACAAUUAUAAUGACGAGGACAUGGAGCUCGAGGAGCUGCAACAUCACUCGUACAUGAAGCAGAACAACGGUAUAAUCUUGGAACGUACGAGAUCGCACACCUCUUUGUCAGCAAAUAUGAGUAGUAGUAGUCUUUCGAUAUUGAAAGCUCGCCGAAGCAAAAGACCGACCUCUCCUUUGUCCGUACAUAGCUCCUCGCCAUACUGUCAGGAAGAGGAGGAGGAGGAGGAGGAGGAAGAUACGGAUGGUGAAAGUUGCGUUAGUUAUCAUGCUAAUGGAAAGAACGAGGAUGAGGAGUUGGAGGAAGAUGGACGCCUCCUGUUGAAUCAAGAGGGGGAACGCGAGCAAAAGAAGCUCGUUCAUCAAGACAAUAAGGCUACGAUAGCCACUGAGAUUAUACAACUGCAGGAAAAGUCUGGAGAUUAUAAAUCCCAGAAUUUAAUAUCCGAGUUGUACUCGAUCGGGAACUUCCCGCUGGAACAUCAUUUGUCGAUUCAACAGCAGCAGCAACAGUCGACCAUUUCCACGCAUCACGAUGGUUAUCCAUUAUCCGGUAAUGCAGUGUCGCAGAAUCUUUUAAACAUGUCCGAAUGCGCUGAUCCAACGACUAGUACAGACUCGAAGAGCUACUCCAGCUCGAAUAAGUCUUUAAUACAGAAGCCAACGACGGAGCUGCUAAAUAUCAACGAGGAUGCGCAUGCGGGACCAAUGAAUGUGCUUGAAUACGAUGGACUGCAAAUUCUUGUACCAAGCACAUUUAUUAGCGAAUCGUCGCAGAAGGCCGUUAGCGGGACGAGUCAGCAAUCGAUGUCGAGUAGCGAAAACGGAGCCGGAAAUGACGAGGAGGUUAAAAGCGUGAAUAUGCGAGCGGAUGAGACGAUGCCCCCGAGGGGCGAACUUUCGGAACAAGAGAGUAACGGCUGUACGGAACAGUCGACGUGGCAGUCGUACAUGGCCCAGGAUUUAUCGCGCAUGUCGACGUCUUACGAUCUGAUGGCGCGCGAGAGUUGGGAAGAAUCCGAGGUAUCGGAGCACGAGGACAACAACGUAGGCCCUCUUCUCGACAGCCGCUCACUAGCGACUCAUUUCACCUCGAGCCUCUUCCUCGAUCGCGAUCGCAAGACGCCACCUGGCAGACGCAUUUUCAAAUGCUCGCAUUGUGCGGAAGUGUUCGAGUGCCCGAAGGAGCGACGCGUACACAGUACAAUGGUGCACAAGGAGGCUGGACCUUCCGGUUGCGGUUUGGACAACGGCGAUCAGCAAGAACUUAAGGACAUUAAGAUGCUAGACGCCCGCGCAGGUGCCUUCGAGGAUAUGUUCGUACCCGGCGCACUGCACGCCUACCAAAUGCAUCAGCAGCCGUUGCUCCACCAGCUCCAGCCGGCCCAGCACUCGAGCUCCACCAAAGUCGAGAUCGACGCCAAACUCGAUCCCCUCCAUCUGUCGACGACGAACGAGGUCAUCUGCGGUCUCUGUAGCCAACGCUUCGGCAGCGAAAAAUCCUUGCAGAUCCAUCAUAGACGCAUGCACGCGAUCGAGCCGGUGAAACGGGUUCGCGAGAAUGCCAAGUGCCAAAUUUGCAGCGAGGAAUUUAGCUCGGUAGCGACCUUCAACCUGCAUUUGAAAAUCCAUCCGCUGGAGUGUGGCCAGUGCGGCAAAUACUUUUACCGCAAGCAGAAUUUCAAACUUCACAUGAAGCGGCACUUGGGCAUCAAGCCAUUUCCCUGCACCGUUUGCGACAAGGCCUUCCUCACCAAGCAGAAGCUCGACGAGCACAAUAACGGCCACACGGGCAACGCCCCCGUAAAGUGUAACCUGUGCAACGAGACAUUCAGGCGCUACUCGAAUCUCACGCAGCACAAGAAUCGCCAUCACUUGAACAUUAAGAAGAAACUAAAGGACUAUAUAUGCCACUGCGGCGAGGUCUUUCACACGAAGAAGAAGCUCGCCUGGCACAAAGAAACGCACGACGAGAAGCCGAAGGCCUGCACCUUGGCGAGCUUGACGCGGCACAUGCGUCGCGCCCAUAAUAGGAGAUUCGUCCCCGACGCCCAGAGGGACAGCGAGAACGUGGAGUGCCCAAUUUGCAAGUGCAUUUACCUCAGGUCCUCCCUCGCAGUGCACAUGCGCGUGCACAACGGGGAAAGGCCCUACGAGUGUCAAGUGUGUUCUAAAGCCUUCAGUACUAAGUGGAACUUGCAACUGCACAAGUGGACUCACGCCGCACGCAGUACGAAGCCCUUCAAGUGCAACCAAUGCAGCGCGGCCUUCUACAGACACAGCGACUACACAGCGCAUAUGAAUUCCCAUAGGAACGUCAGGCCUUAUACCUGUAAUUACUGUGGUGCUCAAUUCAUUAGAAAGUACAACUGCCUCCGGCACGUUAAGGAACACGAAGAGAAUAAGGCGUACACGUGCGACGUGUGCAAUAAGACGUUCCACAGGUCGUAUUAUCUGAAGGAGCAUCUACGAGUGCACUCGGGAGCAAGACCUUACACUUGCCAUAUAUGUGGCAAGUCCAGCAGCACAAAGUCCAAUCAUAAUAAGCACGUUAGGAUUCAUCAUGCUCGCGAGCCUGUAAAUACGGAGAAUUAAGGAGAGGAUAGGAUGGCUUUUAUAUUUAUGAAUUUCAUUGAUCAAAUAAGUAUUCCAUUAUGCGAUGCUUCUUUAGGAUUUCGGAAAUUGAUUCCUCAGAACGAUAUCAAAGUGCCGUUAAAUUGCUUUAACGUAAAUUGUUUUCGCAUUUUAAA